UACCGAGGCGUGUAUAUAUGUAUGCUCUUUGGCUGAACGUAAAAGAUCUUUGAUUCGUGCAUGGGACUAUAAAGCUAUGAAAAAUAUUAUGUUUGUUUUUUUAAUGGCCGACAUUGAACUGAAGCCAACGAGCUACUGAGUUUCGGAUCUAUAGAAACUGUUGAUUUGCAUUCAGUAUGACUCUCGGCCGAGGUACAUACACACCAAUUAGUGUGGUGCCGCUGUAACUCAACGAUAAUGGUCGGUGUGCCAGCCGUAGGCCUACAGUGGGUUGAGUUGCAAACCGUUUUACUGUUCACUACUGCAAAUGCCUGUUUCGCACUAACUACACCUGCACCGACAGAGUCAACAGGUAUUUUGGGUCUGUCUAGCGAUGUGAUUCUGUGGAUCAUAAUUGGCACUGCGUCGCUGUUUGUUGUCACGUGUGUAUGUAUUAUCACUCUUCUGUGUGUAAUCGCCCGUAAGGAAAGAGCAGCCAAGAGAACAUUCACGCCAGCAGUAAUACAAGCAGUGCACGGGGAUGCGAUCAGAGGCAUAGGUCCAAGCCGGCCCGUUAUCGACACCGAACAGCAAGACUCCCGCGCCGUGCAAACUCCGCAAUCAACGGCCGGAGAUGGCGAUGGCGAUGCGGUGGUCACGAGCCCAACGCACGAAUCUAUUGAACUAGAGCAACUCGGCCAGCGGCAACAACCCAACGGCACGCAAUGAUCAUGCAAAAUUCAACUGCUGUUCAUUAGAAUGGGGUUUGGAGAAGGCGCGGCUGAUCAUCAACCCAAAGUCUGCCUGUGCCAAAGAAUUGGGACGAAGGGGCUCAGUAAUGGCUGAAAUAUUCUGUAUCAUACUCACCGUACUGGCGGGUCAA